AUGGCCGCGUGGAGCGCCGGCAUUUCCGCCGACUUGCUCGGCGGCGCCCUCCUGCCUGCUGCGGAUAAUGGCGCCUCACGACCCCUCGGUAUUGCCGAUCGUCGCUCGCCUCCCAGUUGCCGACAUAGUUUCUGCUCGUCGCCCCUUCCCAAUUCCGCUCUGUUUUCACCCGGCGCGCGCGAUUCCCCUGGCGUGUCCUGCCUCGUGUCGGUCCGCGCGCCACUAUUGCGCGUCCGCGCGAUCUCCGCGUCCGCCGCUUCCUCCAGCGAUACGGACGGCCCAGAUCUCUCCCCACGGCCGUCCCUCCCUGAUUCGACGCCGCGCGCCGUUUUAGAUUUCCCGCCGGCCGAGGGAUUUGGGGAGGAGCUGACGAAGCUUCUGACGAUGCUUCCAAGGAAGGUCGGGGAGUUCGGCGCGGACAACCGCGCGGGGAUAGACCGCACGCUGCACCGCAUCAGCGCGAUCCGCAACCGCGCGGGGAGGAUCAUCGGGCUGACGUGCCGCGUGGGGCGCGCGAUUUCGGGCAGCGCGGAAAUGGUGCGCGACCUGGUGGCGGGGGGGGAGUCCGUGCUGCUCAUGGGCGCGCCGGGCGUGGGGAAGACCACCGCCAUCAGGGAGGUGGCGCGUAUAUUGGCGGAUGAGUGUGCAAGGCGAGUGGUGGUGGUAGAUACGAGCAAUGAGAUCGCAGGCGAUGGGGACAUUGCCCAUGCCGCCAUUGGCUCUGCACGGCGCAUGCAAGUGCCGCACGUGGAGCUGCAGCACCAGGUGAUGAUAGAGGCUGUGGAGAAUCACAUGCCCCAGGUGGUGAUAAUCGAUGAGAUUGGGUCGGAGCUGGAGGCGGCAGCAGCGGCCACGAUAGCGCAGCGGGGCGUGCAGCUCAUCGCCACGGCUCAUGGUCGCUCGGUGGAGAAUCUUGUCAAGAACCCACACCUGCACACACUCGCAGGGGGCGUGCAGACAGUGACGCUGGGAGACGAGGAGGCGAGGAGGAGGGGCGUGCAGAAGAGUGUGAUGGAGAGGGGAGGCCCGCCCGUGUUCCAAGCGGCAGUGGAGAUGCACUCGCGUGGCCGCUGGACCGUGCACCGCAACUUGGCUGCCACUGUCGAUGCUCUGCUGUCAGGCAAGGCACCGCAGGUGGAGGUACGGGAGAUGGGGCAGCACGGGGAGGUGUGGGUGGAUGGCGAUGCUGCCACUGCUGUUGGUAGCACCGGCAGAGGCAGCAGGGGCAGCAGCAAUAGCGGCGGUGGUGGUAUCCCUGGCGCCAGCAGCGGCAGCGCUGGCACUGGCUUGCCGCAAGUGGGCUCAUGGAACGAGCAGGGGUGGCAGAGGCUAGGGGGUGAGGGAGCAAUGGGUGUGAUGGGUGUGAGGGAGUGGGAUGCAGCACAGCCCAGGGGGGGCGGUGGCAGGCAAAGUGAAAGAUUCAAUGCCGUACGGCCCUCCCAUGCACCAUCGCCCUCAGCAGCGGGGAGAACAGCCGCCUCUCCUUUGGGCUUUGCCUCUGGCGGCGGCAGCAGCGGGGAGAGCAGCGGCAGUGACACAGACAGUGAGGGCAGCGAUGUUGAUGUUUAUGGCGAUGGUGGUGGUAGUGAUACUGAUGGUGGUGGUGAGCAGUGGGGGAGGUCUGCCAUGUGGUGGGGUGGCAUGGCCAGCAGAUCCACCAGCACUGCUGCCGGCACGACUAGCAGCUCUGCAUCCAUCGCCGCAUCAUCAUCAUCUGCUGCAGCACCAUCACCAUCCUGGUCUCAAGGAGGCAGCAUGCCUGCUGCCCUCUCGGCGUUCGCCCAGGCUACGCGCUCCGACAACUCAACGCUGCUCUUCCUCUACCAGGUAUCAGAGGAGCACGUGGAGCAGGUGGUGGAGGUGAUGGGGUUGGCGCCACUCAUCACCCUCACCACGGACAUUGCAGCAGCAGACGCCGUGCUGGCACUGCGCUCCAAGCUCAAGGGCAAUGCGUGGCUGCGCGGGGUGGCCAAGUUUCGCCACCUCCCCAUCUAUGCUGUCAAGGUGGGCUUUAGUGAGGGGUGA